AUGUCUUCUCUACCACACGAUCAGGUCAAUGUUAAGACCGAGCCUCAAGAGGACGGCGCUGCUCGCAACACCUACACCUCGACCGAAGGAGGCGCCGUAGCCAUCAAUGGCACUAAGAUGCCACAGGCUGCGUCGCUCGAGCCACCUCAACAGAGGAUCGAGAAAGCCCGUCCAACCGAUCAGAAUACCAUUCCACCUACUCCGACUCGUCACUUCAGGCACCUUUUGAGCAUGGAAGAGGCAACAGGACCCCAGCGACGCAUUUUUGUCGCUCCAGAUGACGACGACAUCCAGGAGGUCAAGAACAGCGAGAUACAAUGGGCGAUCAAGAUCCUGAGCGCCCUACAUGCCCAGAUCACCGACCACCCGAUGAUCGAGGGGAUGUCAGUCGAAGAGUGGAAAGGCUUAUGGACGUCGUUUGAUGGACGGCUGCCGGGCCUGCUGAAGGACGACGCGAACGUCGAGAAGGCUUGGCUCAUUUUGCGCGAAGUGCUUGACCUGCAGGAGAAGGGCCUCCUGAAGAGUUCAAAGUUCGGUGUGUCGCAGGUAGCGACCAUGAAAACCUCUGCAAGGCUGGAACUGGUCAUUCAAUACCUCUCCACCUGUUCCUGCAUUUCCGCUCCCGUCCUCAAAAACACCGAACGCCUCCACGACGUCGUGGCAUCUCCUGGGGGCAUGCUGACGCUGAAAGUCGGUUACAAACUCAGCAACAGCAUUCGCCAAAAACGUUUGAAAGGGGAGCAGCGGAACACUUCCAUCGCUUCUCAGGGAACUCAGCACGACGAGGAGCAGCGACAGCAGCAACGGGAGGAGGUCAUGCAGGCAGACCUAGGUGGGCUCCAGCCGUUUGCUUUCAACCCCGACUUCCUCGAGACCAACGACCGCGCGCAACGCGCCAUGACGCUGCCACCGCCACCGGAAUUCGAGGCUUACAGGAGCUAUCUGGGCCGUCAUUCAACUUCGAGACAGCAGCUCCUUCCGUCCACGUUGCUCCCAAACCCGCACGUUGUUGGCAACCAGACUACAUGUACUGCAGCCAACCCACCGGACGCCGGGCUUCAGCAGCGGUUCAAAACAUCGAGAUUCCCCUCGAGCCAGUACGUGCCUGGCGAUCGGACGACCAGGACCAAUUUUCCACCAGCCACUGUACGGCACCCUUCCACUUUGGCUGCGAUGCCACCGAACCCGUACUCUACUCGCAUUCAGAACGUCGGGACCAAUGUGAUCUUUGCGCUGGUGUUGUUGUUGAGGUUGACAUCAUUGAGAUUUUCGUCAACGAAUUGGUUGCUGUUCUCACAGAUGACCUCAGAGUCGAGAUGCUGGGCAGCGAUGUGGAUGUCUUUCUCCGCCAUGACGAUUGAACAGGACCGGUAG